AUGCUGCUGGAGAGUGAACAGCUCCUGACCGAGCUGACCAGGCUUUUCCAGAAGUGCAGGACGUCAGGCAGCGUGUUCCUCUCCCUGAAAAAAUAUGAUGGUCACACUAGAUCCAUCCCAAAGAAGGGCUCUGUGGAGGGCGUUCAACCUGAAGGUAGCAAAUGUCUUCUGAGAGCUACAGAUGGGGAAAAGAAGAUCAGCACUGUGGGGAGCUCUACAGAAGUGAGUAAGUUCCAGAUGGCGUAUUUCAACCUGCUGAGGGCUAACAUGGACAGGCUGAAGAAGAGGGACAAGAAGAACAAGAACAAGAGGGCCAAACACCACAGUGAACGGCUCUGGGUUCUCUGCUCUUACCAGUCAACCAACGGAUUGCUGUUUUUCCUUUUGGCCACAGAGCUAGAUUUUUGGCUUCCUUGUGGAAAUUAUUUUCCUAUGAAAUGA